UAGAAAGUCUUUAGAAAAGAAUCUCGAGUGCAAAAAACUUUAGGGGCCUAUAGUCAGGAAAUUACACAAGGCGUUAUUUUUAGCGUACCACACGGCUGCUGCAGACCUACCAGUUUAGUCUGAAGGGCCCAAGCCUGGAGAUAGAAAGGCGAAAAGGUAGUUGUAUUUUAUCUACAAGAAGAUGGAUGAUGAGAAAGGAAUGUACUGCUCUAAACCAGUACAUUCCUGUCCCAGCUGGACAACCUUCAUUGUUUAUUCCAGUAUUGUGAUUGUAACAGGAUCUGUGUUGAUCCCAUUGGAAUUUAAUUAUGGUCUAUUGAACUUGUACAUGCGACUGGGAGAAAAGCUCCCUGCAGAAUUGUCAAUAAAAGACUAUUUUCUUCACAAAUUGGGAUAUAUCAAUACUGAAGAAUUGCAUAAAGAAGUAAUUAUGUCUAAGGAGGAAUUAAAAAAAUAUUCUGGCGAAGCAGAUAAAAUCUACUUGGCAAUAUUAGGAAAAGUAUUUGAUGUGACAAAAGGUAGAAAACAUUAUGGGAAAGAUGGCGGGUACAGUUUUUUUGCUGGUAUUGAUGGUUCAUGUGCUUUCGUUACUGGUGAAUUUAAUGGAAAAGGUUUAACUGAUAACAUUGAAGGACUAAAGCCACAAGAUUACGUAGGUUUGAUGGACUGGAUGCAAAUGUAUUAUAAAGACUACAUAUAUAUUGGUAAAGUGGAUGGAUAUUUUUAUGAUUCUGCAGGAACACAAAGGGAAGGUUUCCGAGUUUUCCAAGCUGGAUAUGAAGCAGGAAAGAAAGAAAAAGCUAGUGACGAAAAUGACAAUAUACUUUUUCCAGGAUGCAAUUCGCAUUGGACAGCUGAUACUGGAACAGAAAUUUCGUGUGGACAGGCAAGUGGUGGUGUUCGAAGGGACUGGAUAGGAUAUCCUCGUAUGUUCUUCAAACCUGGUAAAACAUCUCAUCGCUGCGCUUGCAUAAAACGAGAGCAUUUCUCUGAUCCUAGAUUUAAGGAGUACGCAAACUGUCCACCCACGGCUAGAAAAUGUAAAAUUAAGGGGACAUAACAUUUGAUUUUUAUAGCAAUGAUGAAAUGGUGAAAAUCAAACUGAAAGAUAAAGAAAAAACAAAUGUUAAUUAGAUUUUGUAUGUAUACUUUUGUGAGAAUUGUUAUUUAAUACUUUGUUAUACUGUAUAUAUUUUUAUAUAUUAGGUUUUAUUUAUAUUUAAUAUUAUUUAGGUGUUUGUUUAAGAAUUAAAAUAAAACUGUUUACAUUUACUGGU